UUCAGCCAACCAUUGGAUUUGACGCGAUUACAAUUCGUUUGUAACGGGCAAUGUUCAAUUCUAGUAACUUGAAAGCUUGUAAAGGUUAGGAUCUAAAUGUUUUAUCAACAAUACUCAAGGGAUAGUUACAAUAGCAUCGUCGUCUUUACAAUUCCCAUCGUUGUCGCAGCUAUAUAAAAAUACGAUACUACAAGAAUGUGUAGUAAGCGGAAAUUUGUUCUGCUAACUAAUUUAACGUUCCCUUUACUAAUUUUAUUGUACGACCAACUAUUUUGAUGUGGUAGCGAUUUCAUUUCGUUUGUAACGGGCAAUGUUCAAUUCUAGUAACUUGAAAGCUUGUAAGGAAUAGUAUCUAAAUGUUUACACCAACAAUACUCAAAGUAAGUUACAUUUUAUACUAUUGUUGUUAUUACAAUACGGAUCGUUGCCUCUGGGAGAGCGGAGGGGCGCGGGAGGCGCGCGGGGCGGUUUCAAACAAUAUGGCGCUGAUCGUGAGCAAUCGUACUCACGUCGCCCGCGCAAAAGUAGUGACAGGCAGUUAUAGAUUUUCUUUGCAGUGAAAAUAACAAAAGAAAAACUUGUGUCUUGUGUUUGUGUCUUACUGAAAAUGGACGAAGACAUCGCGCAAAUAUUGCAUGAGUGGGGUCUGUCAGAAUACUACGAGAUAUUCAAACAAAAUAAGAUCACCCUCAAAACAUUCAACAUAUUGGAUCAGGGAAUGAUACAAGAACUGAUUAAACCAAUUGGAGACAGAGCCACAUUCAUAAGCAACUUAAAUCUUUGGAAACAAAUAUUAAAUGAUGAUGAUGAUGAUUUCUCUUUUAGUCUCAGUCAGGGGAGUAAAUCGGACAUUAAUGUACCACCACACAGAAACGUACCACCAAUAACAGAUAUUACCAACUUCCAAUCCCUUUCUGGCAGCAGCUCAACAAAUGUAUUAAUAACAUAUACUCCAAAGCUUAAACAACAAGCACUGCUGGACAUAUUAAAUAAAUCUGCAAAGGGUAGAAGCUUGCUGAAUUUACACAAAGAAGAAGGAAUGUUGUCAAGCAAUAGCAGAAGGAAGCUUUGCAAUAUUAUCGUGGAAGAUCUAUUGUCAGAAGACCCUGAUGUGAGGGUAACACAUGAGACGCUUCUUAGUAUCGCUCAUGAAAUUAAAAACAUUUUUCCAAAGGAGAAUAUAAGCACCUAUUUUGUUCCCUACGUAAAUAAUUAUAAAAUUAAGGUUAAGACCUGUGCCAAAGGCAAACUAUAUGAUUGUCUACACAACCGGAAGAGGGAAUACAGAGAGGCAGUAAAGAAAAAUAAUACUCUGAAAGCUGAACAAGUAAUCGAUGGAAAACAAAACCUGCAGAAUCAAAACGAUAAAGAGGAUGAUGCUGUAAAACAACACAUAAUUUGGCUUCAAAACUCUAUUGAACCAUGGCGAAUGGUAGAAGAAAAAUGGCGAGAGACAGCCUCAUACAGACUAAAGUGUUUAAACACUAGUGACAAAACAAUUGUACAAUACAUGACUGAAUUCCCGGCCUUAAAAAAUCCAUCUGGCUACACUCUGCUGACAGAAGACUUUAAAACGCUUUAUCCAGACAAAGAAAGUUUGCUGCAUGAAAAAUUUUGUUUAUACAAGGACAAAAUUUUAAGGCACGCGAAGCAAAAAGCUACACGCGAUGAAUCACUGAAAAAGAUAAUUGAAAAACUCGAAAAUAUCUCUGAAGAAGUUGGUGAUAUCAGAUACACAGAAGCACAAACAAUUAUAGCAUACAUGGUACUGCCGUUAUUGUUAGGCAAUCCCCUAGCAAAAGUGAAAAAAAAACAGUUGGCGUCCAUCUAAACAGGAAGCCAGUGAAGGUUUUAUAACUCAUAUUGUCAGUGCAGGUGAGCUACAGACCACAAUUUCAAGCAGACGAGAGAAAUUCCUUCGAAUGAAUGUGACUUUACAACCUUUCAUUAUAAUCGUUGGAGGUGACUGUACUGCCAUCAAUAAGUAUUACGUAGUGGUCAAUGAUACGCGUUAUACGCUUCAUUCUAUCACCGACGCAGUAGAUGUAUGCUUUAAAAUAUUUCAGGCAUUACAUUGCAAAUACCCAAUUGAAUGCUGCUCAACCUGGCACUUUAUCCAGAAAGGUUUUUAUAAUUUGCAGACGCCAUAUGACAAACAAUUUAUUUCUGUAAAUUCUCUAUUAACACAGCUUGAAAUUGAGAUUCAAUAAGAUGCCUAAAUGUUUUGUAUGUCAGUUGAAUUUACCAAAUAUAAAAGAUUUGUUAAACCAUAUUAAAAUAAUUCAUAGAAAUAUUAAAGUCGAUUAUUAUCAGUGUCAAGAAAAAAAUUGUAAUAGGAAAUAUUAUCUACUCAAUUCAUUUAAAAAACAUUUGGCUACUCAUUUCGAGUUGCCAAAUUUACCUAAUGAUAGAUUUAAUGGUGGCGUUACAACAACAAAUAGUUCGUCAAGCGAAAUUAUAAAUUAUCCUUGCCAUCCAUUAAAUUCGAGUGAUAAGAGUGUUCCCGGUAUUACAUCUGUGCCAGAACAAGACAAGGCUAACGCAAAUUUAUCAUGUUCAUCUGUACGGACAACAAUGGAUCAUAUUGCUAAUUUUACGGCCAGCAUGUAUGCUAAUCCAUUAAUCCCAAGAAACGUAGUACAGUUCGUAAUGUCAAAUGUUUGUAAACAAUUCUAUAGUGGAUCCUGUCACUUCUAUAGUAUCAAAAUGUGCUCAAGGUCAUACCUCUGAAUGUUAUGUACCGAUAUAUAAUCAUUUGGAUUCAAUAAAAAGCACUUUUAAACAGUUGCAGACCGAGCAUUCACGAUUUGAGUUUUUCAAAAAUAAUGGCACCUUUAUUUUACCUAUUGAAUAUAUUUUAGGCCAUAGAGUAGAAUCUACAGAAUCGACGCCUAUAACAGGACAGUAUAUUCCUCUGAGAUCAGUUUUACAAAAAUUCUUUGAAUUAAAAGAUGUGCUCAAAAAUACUCUUGAAUAUUAUAAUGAAGUGAAAAAAUCUUCAAGUGAUGGUAUUUUACAAAACAUUGUGCAAGGAAGUGCAUGGCAAAAGAAAAUUAGUUCACAUGGGGAGCAAAAUGUUUUACCACUGGCUUUAUAUUACGAUGAUUACGAAAUUGGAAACCCUCUGGGUAGCCAUGCAGGGAUCCAUACAUUAGGUGCCACUUACAUAACAGUUCUAUGCCUUCCACCUCAUUAUAGAGCAAGAUUACAAAAUAUUUUUUAAUGUCGCUUUUCCAUUCUGCAGACAGGCAAUAUUUUGGCAAUAAAUCUGCCUUUUCACCAGUUAUUUCAGAAUUGAACUUUCUUCGACACCAAGGCAUUAUUAUAAAUGUUUCAGGAUCAAGUACCAAGAUAUUUUUUGAGUUAGCUAUUAUACUGGGUGACAAUUUAGGUCUACACUCAAUAACAGGGCUCGCUGAAUCGUUUUCCUGCAACUUUCCUUGUAGAAUGUGUAAA